AUGCCCGUCGACUUCUCCGUCAAACACGAGUCCGUCGUCCCUGAAGCAAUCAUCUUGAAGACGCUCGUCCGGUCGAGUUCUCCGUCGUCGCUGUUCGAGUUCUCCAUCUCUCUCGUCCGGUCGAGUUCGCCCUCUCUCUCCGUCGUCGCUAUUCGAGUUCUCCAUCUCUCUCGUCCGGUCGAGUUCUCCGGCCGACUGUUCGAGUUCUCACUCUCUCUCGUUUCAACUCUCAGUCUCUCGUCGGCGGCCGCGUGUUAA